UAUUAGAGGUCCUUUCCAACAUUUAUGAUUCUAUGAUAUUGUUCUCUGUGUUAUGUGUGUAUUUGAGGAAUAGAAAAUGAGGUUUCUACUGAAAGGACUCUUACCUUAAGAAGAAAAAAAUUAAAUACUGUGUGUUCACUGCUCGAGUAAGCACCUAAUAAGCGCUUAGCAGCUUGGCAAAGGAUGAGCCAAAACUGAUAAUAUUGUCUCCCUAGUGAGUCUGCCUGCUUGGCUUUAUUGCUUGUGUGUUGACUUCAAUGGGCUUUUUGCAUCCUUUCCAAAGCUGGGUCUAUGUAAGACUAGGAAAAGCAUGCUGUUUAUUUUUUUUUCCCUGCUCACCAGCUCUAUCACAGAUAUUUCAGAGUAUUUUCUACAGGACCCAGUCUGCUGGGAAUAAAACUUGCAAAGAACUCACAUUAUUACCUGCGGGUCUGUCAUUAACCCUUUUCUGUACUCAUAGAAAUGUUUCUCCAAGGGGAAAACUCUUAAUUAUUGUGCUUCAACAAUUUUAGCUUUAAAUAAGGGCAAAUGUCAUUCAGUCCCUGAUGUUGUUAUUAUUCAGCUUACACCUAAGUGCAGAGGACUAUCUAAGUGGAUACAGUCCUGCCUUUUCAGGUUGACUGGUCUUGAAAGUAAAAGCAUCGGAACUCAUUCUCAUCUUCAAAAUCUGCCUGAAGAAUAACUCACCCUGCAGGUCAGGAGAGACUGCUUGCCUUGAGAGGGCAGGCAGAUGAGAGCAGAGAAAUUGCCAUCUGAGCUCUCCUGGGGUUGCAACACAGCAGUCAAAAGCAGUUCUUGAGACACAGUUUCCUUCUGAGAGACACAAGUCAGACUGUAUUGGAUUAAUCUCACCAGCUGGAUGUUGCUGAGCUCCCUGUGUGGCUGGUGUGCAGGUAAGUGGCUGUUCUCCUUCUGCUGGUUGUUGUUACUCAGAGAAGCACAGCCUAUGGGGGCUCUCAGCAGCCCAUCCUUGCUCCUCAUGGGGAAUUUGCUGGAGGAUCCCUGCCCAGAUGUAUCAGACACACUUUAUAGCACACUGCAAAAAAUUGUCCCUUUCACAAACUCAGGUUAGACCUUUUAUUUCUUCUCUUGGAAGAAAACUAAUGUGUAUUUUUGCAGACACUGCUUCAAGAAAUGACACAAACAAAAGCACAUAAGCAAGAAGCCAAGGGCUGGGGGCAAAGACCCACAGAAUGGGUGUCCUCCCCAAACACCCCUAAGAAUCUGCCUGGCAGCUCUUGUGCAUCCAGAGGAUGUGCUGAUGCCCGUGAGCAGAAACUGUCCCAUGCAACACAGCCUGGCAGCAUCCCUCCAGGAGAUCUGGCGCUGGUUCCCACCAGACUGUCAUCCCCAGGUCAAUCUCCGCAUUUCUGCUGACCAUGUUGCCUUCGUCGUGAGAUCAUGUCUUUCCAGAGAAAUCCCACUAAUGCCUUCAUUCUGCGAGUGCAGUAUAUAUAGGGGCAGCCUUCCCCGGGCUGCACUGUGCAGGCCAGCAAAGGCAUCGCUGUCCUCCGAGCGGUUGCACAGCUCCCUCGCUCUCCUGUUAGAACAAGACAUAGCAGCAGCAAACAUGGACAUUACCAUCCAGCACCCCUGGUUCAAACGCGCCCUGGGACCCCUGAUUCCAAGCCGUUUGUUCGACCAGUUUUUUGGAGAGGGUCUCCUGGAGUACGAUCUCCUGCCUUUGUUCUCCUCCACUAUCAGCCCCUACUACCGGCAGUCCCUCUUCCGCAGCGUGCUGGAGUCGGGCAUUUCAGAGGUAAGGUCUGACCGGGACAAGUUUACAAUCAUGCUGGAUGUAAAACACUUCUCUCCUGAAGAUCUGAGCGUGAAGAUUAUUGAUGACUUUGUGGAAAUCCACGGCAAGCACAGUGAAAGACAGGAUGACCACGGCUACAUCUCUCGUGAGUUCCACCGCCGGUACCGCCUGCCCGCCAACGUGGACCAGUCCGCCAUCACCUGUUCCCUGUCCAGCGACGGCAUGCUGACCUUCUCGGGCCCAAAGGUCCCCUCCAAUAUGGACCCCAGCCACAGUGAGAGGCCCAUCCCUGUGUCCCGGGAGGAAAAACCCACCUCUGCACCUUCCUCCUAAACCCUCUGCGGUACUCAGGCUGCCACCGGCUGCAGGUCUCACUUCUAGAGCCAUUGCAUAGAUAUCAGUGAAUACAUAGAGGGGUAGAAGGGUUUUUCUUCUGGUUUUUUUUUUUUUUUUCUUCUUUUUCUUUUUUUUUUCUCCCCUUUAUGUUUCUUUUCUCCCGUUGUAUGGAAUGAGGUGCUGGGUGAAUGGCUGGUGGACUUUGAGGCAUAAACCUGCAAUUCAAGCUGUCAGGAUGGCAUGGAUUUCACAUGCUGCCGUGCCAAUUCAGUUGCCAACAGGGUCUUUCUCUGGUAUAGUAGUCCACAACCACCACCAGGCAGAAAGGAGUGCGCAAGUAACACCAUCUCCUGGUGCACAAAUGCUUGCAGUGGGACUUGGAGUGGGGUAGAAGCCCCAGAGACUUUUUCUAUCCCACACAGUUAACUGGUUACUCCAAAAAACACAACUUGGCCAAGCCAAGCCCUACACUGGGAUACUGUGUAUGUGCGACGAAUGUACCACAGGUUCCUUGCAACCACAGGACAGAUAAUAACGUGUUAUGUUUGAGGGUCACAGCAUAUAUUUUUUUCUCAGCAAAGUGUUUCAUUGUGUCUGUUCACACCACCAGCCUGUCACUUCCUUAGGGACAUCUGACACAAGGACAAGUGCAUCUUUCCGAUGUCGUAGCAGUGGGGAGAGAGGGGGCUCACCGCUCUGCAGAGGCUUCAGACCGCACCAAACUCUCCCCAGCCUGUGCGUAUCACACCCUUGCUCCUGCCCUCGCUGUAAUUCUAGUGUAGCUCCAUCUGACCCACUGGUAUCUGGCAGUCAACCUGAGAACUCAGUCCCUGGCAGUCAAUAAAGAGAUAUAGGAAACACGCAA